CGGCCGGCACUGCCACUGCCGCCGGCGCCGCUCCUCCUCCGUGUCAGUUGUUGGGCUGUAAUGGCGACUGGGCUGCCGCUGCCGAAGUGACUCCCGGGCGGGGGAGCGGGGCCGGACCUGCGCCAGAGGGAACUGCAGAGAGCCGCAGCUCAGGGGGAGGCUUGCUGUGGGGGAGGGGAGGCAGCCUUUCCGCCUCUCCUUCCUUCUCUGCAGCCCGGCGGAUCCCGGGAGCCGGUGCGAGGCGGGCACCCGGUGCGUCCCCGGAGCGGGGAGGCCAGGCCCGGCAGCCCUGGGGCCGGUCGGGGCGGCAUCACUGCACCCUCCGCCAGGCCCCGCGGGAUGCACCGUGGGAGCCGAGGGCGGAGGCGACACUCUCAGGUAAAGUGGCAGGAUGAGGAGCAGCAAAUCAAAAGAGGUGCCUUUACCAAAUCCAAGGAACUCUCAAAGCAAGGAUACUGUUCAAGCAGAUAGAACCACAUCGUGGGACGCACUUUCUCAGACUAAGGCUGCUCUGAGACACAUUGAAAACAAAUUAGAAGUAACCCCUACAAGUACAGCUGUGUUUGAUUCUGUCAUGGAUACCAAGAAAUCUGCAAGUGCUACCCGAAAAAUAAGUAGAAAAGAUGGUAGAUAUCUGGAUGAUUCUUGGGCUAAUGCUCCAACUUCUAAAUCUUCUAAAUCACGAAAAGAGAAAUCUCGGAGUCCUCUCAGAGUUACCACCUUGGAGAGUAAUGUAAAGAAAAAUAACCGUGUGGAGUUUCGUGAACCUUUGGUUUCUUACAGGGAAAUCCAUGGUACAACUUCCAGUAUAAAUCCUAGCCUUCUAGAGUCAAAGCAUGUAUAUUGUGUGGAUGUUAAUGAAGAAAAGCCCGAGAACAGGAAUCGGCUGGUAUGCAGUCGAGAAGAGCGGGAUAUACAUUGCUAUGAUUUUGAGAGCUCCGAGUCAUCUGUCAUCAAUGAUACAGUGGUUAGGUUUUUAAAUGAUCGACCAGCAGUUGAUGCACUGCAGAAUUCUGAAUGUUUGAUUAAGAUGGCAGCUCCUCUGCGAACUGAGGAAGAAAAUCCUACUAGAACAAAAGGAAAUGAGAAGGCUUCUGUAAGUAACAUGGGCCAUGAUGUUGAUCCAAAAGUGUUACGGAUAACUGACUCUUCUCCGUCCUCUACUAGUACUUCUAAUUCCCAAAGGUUAGAUAUCCUAAAGCAGCGACAACAUGAUGUCAAAUUGGAAAAACUCAAGGAGCGAAUUAGAAAACAGUGGGAACACUCAGAAGAAACAAAUGGCCGUGGCCAGAAUCUGGGUCAUAUUGACCAUCCAGUAAUGGUUGUUAAUGUUGAUAACUCAGUGACAGCAAAAGUCAGGAAAGUGGCAACAGCACCGCCUGCUCCAACAUACAAAGGCUUCAAUCCUUCAGAGACCAAGAUACGAACACCUGAUGGGAAAGUGUGGCAGGAGGCCGAAUUUCAAAACAUGAGUAGAGAACUGUAUCGAGACUUAGCACUUCACUUUGCAGAUGAUAUCUCUACGAAAGAGAAACCUGCUGAAAAAAGUAGAGAGAAGAAAGUGGUUAAGCCAGUACGAAAAGUCCAAAAGGUAACACAGUUAUCAAGUCCAGAAGGCAAAACAGGUAACAGUCGUCUGAUAAGUACAUCCUCUUGGCGAGAUGGACAAAAACUAGUAAAGAAGAUCCUGGGGCCUGCACCCAGAGUGGAGCAAAAAGAGCGAAGAACAGCAUCAAGUGACAGAAGCGGAAGAGAAAGAAGUGCUAAAUUGGGGGGCCAUAUUGGAAGAGCAGAAUCUGAUCCCAGAUUGGAUGUUUCACAUAGACAUCUUCCACGAAACUCAGAACGUUCGAGAAGUAGAGCUCGGUCUGAAAAUAAUACAAAGAAAUUAGCUCCAUCUCUUCCAGAUAAUAAACAGGAGGAAAAUACUCCCUUAAAUAAGGAUUUUUUACCUCUUGAAAUUCGUGGAAUUCUUGAUGAUCUACAGCUGGAUUCUACAGUUCAGGCUGCAAGACAAGAGACAGGAGAGUUACAGAAUCAGAAGUCAUCAGCCCCAGUACAAGCUCCUAGAAGUCACAGCCCCGUAAAAAGAAAACCUGACAAAAUAACAGCUAAUGAAGAUCCCCCUGUUAUUUCCAAAAAGCGCCACUAUGACACAGAUGAAGUACGACAGUACAUUGUUAGACAGCAGGAGGAAAGGAAAAGGAAGCAAAAUGAAGAGAAGAAGGCUCAAAAGGAGGCCACCGAGCAGAAGAACAAACGAUUACAGGAGCUCUAUCGGAAACAGAAAGAAGCCUUUACUAAAGUAAAAAACAUGCCUCCUUCCGAGCCAUCAGUAACUAGGCGACUGCAGGAUACUUACUCCAAACUGCUACUAGAAAAGACCUUGCUCGAAGAGCCGCCUCAUCCACAUGUUACACAGGAAACACAGACCAGACCGGGGUAUCAGCCUUCUGGAGAAUCUGACAAAGAAAACAAAGUACAGGAACGUCCCCUAAGCGCAUCCUCCAGUAGUGACAUGUCUCUGUCAGAGCCUCCACAACCUCUUGCAAGAAGGGACUUGAUGGAACCUACAUGGGUGCAGCCUGACAGACUAAGCCCACGAGUCCAGAAUCCUCAACCACAGCCUCUUGUUGGAACAGCCGGAAAUUUACUGUCCCAUCUCUUGAGUCUAGAGCAUGUAGGAAUUUUGCAUAAGGAUUUUGAAUCUAUUUUACCAACCAGAAAGAAUCAUACUAUGGCCUCAGGGCCAUUAACUUUUACACCUCAACCGUAUCUGACCUCACCAGCUGCUCAUCCAGAUGCCUUGUUAAAACCUAGUGCCAGCCAGUAUAAGAGUAAACUGGAUCGUAUUGAAGCCUUGAAAGCAACAGCUGCUUCUCUGUCCAGCAGGAUUGAAAGUGAAGCCAAGAAAUUAGCUGGGGCUCACAUAAACUAUGGGUCAGUAUGGAACGCUGAGUAUGAUGUACAGCAAACACCCCAAGAAGAGGGACUGUGGACCAAGGCUGUAAGUCCACCUGUGAAAGAGGAUCCUGAAGAUGUUUUCUCUGCCCGAAUUCAAAAGAUGAUAGGAACCUGUGUAUCUCAUGCAACUUUUGAUGAUGAUCUUCCUGGUGUAGGCAACCUGAGUGAAUUUAAAAAGCUUCCUGAAAUGAUAAGACCUCAUAGUGCCAUAUCAAGAUUCAGAAUGAGAUCCCCUGGUCCCAAGCCAGAAGGGCUCCUGGCACAGUUGUGUAAGAGGCAGACUGACUCUUCUAGUUCUGAUAUGCAAGCUUCUCAAGACAAAGCCAAAUUGUCUCUUGGUUCUAGCACAGAUUCAGUCAGCGAAGGGCCUCUUCUUAGUGAGGGGAGUCUCUCUGAAGAAGAGGGAGGCCAAAAUGGACAGCCCCCCCCAUUGAAGGUAGCAGAAAUCUUAAAGGAAAAGGAAUUUUGUGCUGGAGAAAGAAAUGGUUAUGAACCCAUCAAAGAAUUUCAGAAGGAAGCUGAAAAAUUCUUGCCGCUUUUUGGGCACAUAGGUAGUACACAAAGCAAAGGACCGUGGGAAGAAUUGGCAAAAGGAAGUCCACAUAGUGUCAUUAAUAUUUUUACGAAGUCGUAUCAGUUGUAUGGAAAAGGGUUUGAAGAUAGGUUGGAAAGAGGAACCUCAGCAUCACGGCCUUUAAAUACCAUCACAACCCCUGUAAGCAGUGUUUCGUAUGAAGAUGAUUUUGUCUCCUCUCCAGGGAGUGGGACUUUGACAGAAAGAAAAUCAGCUCUCGAACCUAAUAUUGGUGGUAGCAAUUUGGGCAUUCAGGAGGACCAUUCUAGCAGAAAGUCUGCCUACGAUCUGUCCUCUGUGGAUGUUACCUCCCAGCAUUCGUCAGGGGCCCAGUCCGCUGCAUCGUCUCGUUCAUCUACUUCUUCUAAAGGGAAGAAAGGAAAAAAAGAAAAGAUAGAAUGGCUGGAUUCAAUCACUGGAAAUGUUCAGAACUCACUCGUUGAUGAGGAGAAAGUGCACUCUGGCUCGGAACGUGACUCUCAUCAGGGAAAGAAAUCUGGGACCAGUAGCAAACUUUCUGUUAAAGAUUAUGAGCAGACUCUUGACACUGAUAGCAUUUUGGAAGAUCUUUCUGGGCAUUCUGUAAGUGUCUCAUCAGACAAGGGAAGAUCUCAGAAAACUCCAACUUCUCCCCUGUCUCCAAGUUCUCAGAAAUUGUUGCAGUCUGACCUUCCAGGAACUUCAUUAGAAAGAUCUAAAUCCUCGGUAAUAACGCCUCCAUCUGUAGCAGGAUUUAAGCCUAAUGCAUCUUAUACCGAUAUGAACCUUGCUGCCGGCAGAACAACCGCAGAGACGGCCUCAACAUCAGGUUCUAAGCGCUUUUCUCCUGCGGGCCUCCAGCACCGUAUGGCGGCAGAACUCAGUUACCUGAGUGCCAUUGAGGAGUCGGUGCGCCAGCUGUCGGAUGUGGAAAGAGUUAGAGGCAUAUCACUUGCUCAGCAGGAGAGUGUAUCUCUGGCUCAGAUCAUAAAGGCACAGCAGCAACGCCACGAGAGAGACUUGGCCCUUUUGAAAUUGAAGGCUGAACAAGAAGCUUUGGAAUGUCAGAGACAAUUAGAAGAAACCCGAAACAAAGCAGCUCAGGUCCAUGCAGAAUCCUUACAGCAGGUGGUCAAAUCACAAAGGGAAGUAGCGGAGGUCCUACAGGAAGCAACUUGUAAAAUAGCCACUCACCAAGCAGACACUGCUCGCCUCAACACAGACGUGGCUCGCCAAAUCUGUGAAAUGGCAGAGUUGACUCGAACUCAUAUCUCAGAUGCCAUCACUGCUUCCGGAGCUCCCCUGACAACGCUAUACGACCACCAACGACAGCAUGCUCCAGACUUUGUGAAACAGCUGAGGACCAGAGCUGAAACGGAUAGGUUAAUACUCAGUCAUUCAGCAGCUAUGCAGAAAAGUCAAUCUGUUUCAGCCUCUCAGAGUAAAGAAGGGACCCUUGAUUCAAAACAUCAGAAGUAUUCCCCUUCAUACGAUAGUUAUUCUGAGUCUUCAAGAUACAAGAAUCAUGAUCGAAGAAGUAGUAGUGGUAGCAGCCGUCAAGAAAGCCCUUCAGUGCCAUCUUCUAAGGAAAAUGAGAGGAAACUUCAUGGUGAAAAGAUGGAGAAUUCUAUUGAUGAACAGGUUCAGACUGUUGUAGAUGAUUCUCUGCGAAGUGACAGUGUGCCAUCUCUUCCUGAUGAGAAAGAUUCUACUUCUAUUGCAACAGAAUAUUCCCUGAAAUUCGAUGAAUCUAUGACAGAAGAUGAAAUAGAAGAAAAAUCAUUUCGAUCUUUACUACCUUCUGAGAGUCAUCGCAGGUUUAACAUGGAAAAGAAGAGAGGCCAUCAUGAUGACUCUGAUGAUGAAACCUCUCCAGAAAAGACAACACUGUCUUCUGCCAAGGAGCUGAGCAUGCCAUUCUCAGGAGGACAAGAUAGUUUUUCUAAAUUUACUAUGGAGAUGGUUCGACAGUAUAUGAAAGAAGAGGAAAUGAGGGCGGCUCACCAGUCUUCACUCUUGCGUCUCCGUGAGAAGGCCUUGAAGGAGAAAACUAAGGCUGAAUUAGCCUGGCUAGAGCAUCAGAAAAAACAUCUACGAGACAAAGGAGAAGAUGAUAAAAUGCCCCCACUUCGGAAGAAACAGCGUGGUUUGCUUUUAAGGUUGCAGCAAGAGAAGGCAGAAAUUAAACGUCUUCAAGAAGCCAAUAAGGCAGCUCGGAAGGAAAGACAACUGAUUCUGAAACAGCAGGAGGAGAUAGAAAGGAUCCGACAGACCACCAUAAAGUUACAGGAGAAGUUAAAGUCGGCAGGAGAGAAUAAAUUGGACUCUCAUAGUGAUGAUGAUACAAAGGAUAAUAAGGCAACCAGUCCUGGCCCAACUGACUUGGAGACCCGUAGUCCUUCCCCCAUUUCAAUUUCCAGCAGUGAAACUAGCAGCAUUAUGCAGAAAUUGAAAAAAAUGAGAAGCCGCAUGGAUGAAAAACACUGCUCUCCUGUUCACUACUUCUUCUCUGUCUUUACGUCUCACCACUGGGCCUCUCUCAGUGUCUGUUUUCCCAACCUUCAUCCCAAAUUCCAGCUGUAUAUCUACAACCAGUUGGUCAGGUUUCUGACAAAACGAGAGCAAAAACUAAUGCAACGGCGCCAACAUGCAGAGGAGCUGCUUGAGUGGAAGCGACGUUUGGAUGCAGAGGAAGCAGAAAUCCGUCAAAUGGAAAAACAAGCUUUGGCUGCCUGGGACAAAGAAUUAAUAAAACCUAAAACUCCUAAGAAAGAACUUGAGGAUGAGAGAACAGAACAGAAAGAAAUAACAAGUGAAGCAGAAUCUCCACUACCUUCCUACUCUCACCGACACAGUGAAAGCUCUAUUCCAGAAGAGCUGGGCAGCGCCACUGUGGGCUAUCUUCCGUCUGAGUCUGUAGUUCAGGAGCAGCCAGGGAGCCCAGAUCAUAGUGUACUUACUGAAGAAAUGGUUUUUUCACAGGAACUGGAAUCUUCUACCUCUCCUAGUAAACAUUCACCUCCCAAAAGCUGCACAUCUGUGUCAAAGCAGGAGUCUAGCAAAGGAAGUCAUAGGACUGGAGGACAGUAUCGUCUACCUGUCAAGUCCCAUCAACACUGUUACAGUUGGUCAGAUGAGUCAUUAUCUAUGACACAGUCAGAAACAACAUCCGACCAAAGUGACAUUGAGGGUAGGAUCAGAGCCCUAAAGGAUGAGCUGCGGAAAAGGAAAUCAGUUGUGGACCAGCUAAAGAAGGAACAGAGAAAAAGGCAGAAGGAAAGAUUGAAAGCCCAAGAAGCCAGUCUGAUCAAACAGUUAGAGUCAUAUGAUGAAUUCAUUAAGAAAACUGAAGCAGAGCUUAGCCGAGAUUUGGAAACAUCACCAACAGCCAAGCCUCAGAUUAAAAUGCUCUCCUCAGCUUCUGAAAAACCCAAGAUCAAGCCCCUUCCAUUACACAGAUCUGAAACAGCAAAGAACUGGAAAUCACUAACCGAGUCAGAACGCUCCAGAGGAUCAUUGGAGUCCAUUGCUGAACACGUUGAUGCUGCAUUGGCAGGUUCUGAGAGAUCGAUAUCAGAAAGGUCUUUAUCUGCAUAUGCAAAGAGAGUGAUUGAAUUGGAUAGACAGACAGAAGAGCAUUUUCAUACUUCAUCUCCAAUUCUUAGAUCAUCAAGGAGAACCAGAGCAGAAUCUGGAGAUUCUCUAGAAAAUGUACCUUCAUUACCUCUUCUCAAAGAAUUGAAUGCCCCUAAUAGAAUUCUGGAUGUGUCAGAUGCCCAAGAAGACUCUAGUCAAAGAUCAGAAAUAGAAGAAGUAGACUAUACAAAACUGAAGGCGCGUGUGAUUGAAGAUGCCUGUUUGAAACAAUCUGGGAAGUCUGAUGUCUUACUGAAGCUAGACCUGGAACAGGGAGAUUCAUCUGAAAUUCUUUCAAGGAAAGAUCUUCCUUUAGAUUCUGUAAAGGUUCAAGAAGACUUGGUUAGAUUAGCCAUUGAAAAUCUUCACAGAAGGGAGUUGAAAGAGAAAGAGUCAGAUCCAGAUGUGGAUCAUAGUCCGAACAUCCAAUCAGAAAAAGACAUUCCGGAGCAAAAGAAUAUAAAGGAAAGGGACUUGUCUUUGUUAGGACAUCUUUUUGCUCCUAAAGAAAUAUCAUACUCUGAAGAUUUUGAAGUGUCUUCUUUUAAGAAAGACAUUUCAGCUGAAUUGUACAAAGAUGAUUUCCAGGUGUCAUCUUUGUUGUCACUCAGGAAAGACUCUCAGUCUUGCAGAGACAAAUCACAGCCAACCGGGAACUCUACAAGUAGAGCCAUUAGCUUUGGCAGUGAUGAUGAAAUCAGUGAGUGCCUCAGUGAGAAAAGCCUUUCUGUUCAUAGCAGUAUCCACUCAGAGAGGCUGUUGGAACUCAAGUCCCCUACUGAGCUUAUGAAAAGUAAGGAGCACGGUGAUGUAGAGCAUGAGCAGGGAGUUAUGGAAUCCCCUUCCUUCAUUUCAGUUUCUGUGGCAGAUGAGUUACAUAAUUUCCACAUUGGUGAUAGGGUGUUGAUUAGCAAUGUUCAGCCAGGAACUCUUCGAUUCAAAGGAGUGACUAGUUUUGCUAAAGGAUUUUGGGCUGGAGUGGAGUUGGAUAAAGCUGAAGGAAAUAACAAUGGAACGUAUGACGGCAUUGUAUACUUUGUGUGCAAAGAAAAACAUGGUAUUUUUGCUCCUCCUCAAAAAAUAUCUCACAUUCCAGAAAACUUUGAGGACUAUGUAGACAUAAAUGAAGAUGAAGAGUCUUACUCAGAUGGACAGUAUCAGUACUAUAAUCACGAACAGAAAGAUAGAGUGGAUUCAAAGUUUGAUAGAGAAAAGGAAGCAGUUAAGUAUUUUGAUGAGAACUCUCUACCUAGUAUGCAUGAUAUAGAAGCCUCACUUGAUAGAAGCCUUAAAAUAGAAACAGACAACAUUCAGGACAUUUCUGGGGUACUUGAAACCCAUGUUCACCAGCAGUCUUUGGUGGAUUCACCGAUCUGCUCAAAGGAAAACAAAGACCUUGUUUCUCCUGCCACAGAAAAGGUUUCCAUUGUUGUAGAAGGUGAUAUUUUAGAUAAUAACUUUUCUGAAGAGUUAAAGAAGCAACAGCAGUUUACAGAAAAGGAAGAGAACCUAUAUCCCGAGGUGUCAGAAAAGCUUUCUACUCCGCUUCUGGAUCUUUUAACGAGAGAAAAGAACCAAUUGGAAGCCCAGCUGAGGUCAUCACAAAGUGAGGGAGAAAAGUCAAAGCAACAGCUAGAAAAAGUCAGCUUACUGACAGACAGUUUACUAACAGUCUUUGUGAAGGACACGGUCAGUCAACUACAAGAAAUCAAAAAAGCUAGGGAUGAGAAAAUCCAGCUUAGCAAUCAGGAGCUUCUUGAUGAUGAUCAAAAGAAAGUACCACCCCAAGCCCUAUCCCCAAAUCUUGAGGAACAGUCAUCAAGUGUUCCAGCUUGCUUCUUAAGGUCUGAAUUAGAAGAUGAAAAAGAAGAGAUUUCUUCACCAGAUAUAUGCCCCAGACCUGAGAGUCCAGUAUUUGGUGCCAGUGGGCAGGAAGAACUUGCGAAGAGACUUGCCGAACUUGAAAUCAGCCGGGAGUUCCUGAGCGUGUUAGGAGAUGAUCAAGACUGGUUUGAUGAAGACUUUGGUUUGAGCUCUUCUCACAAGAUCCCCAAAAAUAAGGCAGAAGAAACAAUUGUACCUUUAAUGGCAGAACCUAAAAGAGCUCCCCAGAAGCCAUGUGAAACACUAUUGGCAGUCCCACAUACUACAGAGGAAGUAGAAAUUCUUGUACAUAAUGCAGCAGAAGAACUCUGGAAAUGGAAAGAAUUAGGUCAUGAUCUUCAUAGCAUUAGCAUUCCUACAAAACUGCUUGGCUGUGCCAGUAAGGGUCUAGAUUUAGAAAGCACUAGUAAAAGGGUCUACAAACAGGCGGUUUUUGACUUAACAAAAGAGAUUUUUGAGGAAAUAUUUGCCGAGGAUCCCAACUUAAAUCAGCCUGUCUGGAUGAAGCCAUGUCGGAUCAACUCCAGUUAUUUCCGACGAGUGAAAAACCCAAAUAACCUUGAUGAAAUCAAGAACUUCAUAGCCACAGAAGUACUCAAGUUGUUUAGUCUUAAAAAGGAGCCAAACCACAAAACAGAUUGGCAGAAAAUGAUGAAAUUUGGAAGAAAGAAAAGAGAUCGAGUGGAUCAUAUCCUGGUCCAGGAGCUCCAUGAGGAGGAGGCACAGUGGGUGAACUACGACGAGGAUGAGUUGUGCGUGAAGAUGCAGCUAGCCGACGGGAUCUUUGAGACCUUGAUCAGAGAUACUAUUGAUGUUCUGAAUCAGAUCACUGAGAAACAGGGGAGAAUGCUACUUGUGUGACAUCUUGCAAAUAAACCGAACACUGAGUGCUAACAUGA